AUGGCGCCGCAUAAUCUCACCAGAAGGGGGCCCGAGCCCGCUGUUCGGAGAAGGAAGACUUUGCCCGGAAUCAGCCGUGAAGAUUCAGACGACGAGCUGGGCAGCGAUGAUUUACCCUGGGAAUGGAUCUACAAUGUCGAGGAUCCGGAGCGAGCGAACCAUGAUGCGCAAAACGAUCGAAAAAGGCGGAAAGUUAUGGGAACCAAAAUUGUUGGAGCUCGAAUGGGCACUUUUGAAUGUCGGAUAGGUGACACGGUCUUGCUGAAAGCUGAUGGCUCUAAUGAAGCUUGGGUAGGCAUCAUUUGCGAGUUUGUAGAGGACGACGGGGAAGGCGACAAUGCAGCAAAUUUCAUGUGGUUUUCAACAGAGAAAGAAAUCCGUAAUAAGGAUAAAAAGCGGAAUGAUUUCUAUUGGGUGUGCUUGCUUCCUAUCCGUUCAAGGCUAUCGAAAGAAGAAUAUACUAACCGGACCGAUAAGAACGAGCUUUACAUAUCCCCGUCAUGGGAUAUCAAUCCCUUGGCGUCAAUAAAUGGCAAGGCCAAGGUGAUGUCACUGGAGGCCUUUUUAUCAAAGUACCCGUCUGGAAAAAUCCCCCGCCAGUCGAAAGACUAUGGCAAGACAUUUGUUUGCCGUCGGGGCUGCAAUACUAGAACGGCAACCUACACGGAGGAAUUCAUUUGGGAAGAGAUGUAUUCAAGUGUUGAUGACAUGUUCAAAUUGAUAGAUUUUGUCGAAAAGAACACAAAGGCAGCUCGGGGUCGAAGGAAAGCCCGGGAGCAAUCGCCACAAGACACUGCAUAUUUACCUCCGCAAACUCCUACUAAAGGUUCCCGGACUACUAUCACAACACCGCAGUCCAAGCGUAGUCAUGCAGAGCCAGGCUCUCGCUCCCAAAAGAGGGGGACCGGAAAGAAACUCGAGUUCACACCACUUGCAAUGAGAAAGCUCUCUCCCAGCGCAGUUCAAUCCUCACCGUUCCAGAUAGCACGCUCUCGCCUCCACGUAUCCUCCGUCCCGACAAGCUUGCCUUGUCGAGAAGGGGAGUUCUCCCUUGUCUACUCUCACCUUGAAGCAGCAAUUACAGACGGUAGCGGAAAUUGCAUUUACAUCUCGGGCACCCCCGGCACAGGCAAGACGGCUACGGUCCGUGAAGUCAUAUCUCGUCUGGAGGAUGCAGUUGGGUCAGACGAGUUGGAUGAUUUCAUAUUCGUGGAGAUCAAUGGCAUGAAGAUUACAGACCCUCAUCAGUCGUAUACCCUGCUCUGGGAAGCACUACGGGGACAGCGAGCAAGCCCAUCGCAGGCUCUCGAUCUACUGGAAAGAGAAUUCAACAAUCCUAGUCCCCGACGUGUCCCAUGUGUAGUGUUGAUGGAUGAACUAGAUCAACUGGUGACGAAAAACCAGGCCGUCAUGUACAACUUCUUUAACUGGCCGACUUUGCGGCAUAGUCGUCUUAUUGUUUUGGCCGUUGCGAAUACCAUGGAUCUUCCAGAAAGAACACUUAGCAAUAAAAUCAGCAGUCGCUUAGGCCUCACUCGCAUUACAUUUCCAGGUUACACCCAUGAACAGCUUAUGAAGAUUAUACAAUCCCGCCUAGAGGGCGUUCCUGGGAACGUCGUAGACGCAGACGCCGUCCAGUUUGCUAGCAGAAAGGUAGCCGCCGUGAGUGGAGAUGCCAGAAGAGCGCUGGAUAUCUGCCGCCGGGCUGUGGAAAUCGCAGAAGGCGAUGCGCAAGGUGACCCGAUGACACCGAGUAAAAACGGCACACAAGAUUUGACUCGCCGUGGAAAGGUCACCAUUGCCACCAUCAAAAAGGCCAUCAACGAAGCGACUACAAACCCCGUGCAACAACACCUGCGAGGGCUUCCUUUAAUGUCGAAACUGGUCAUGGCAGCUGUCCUUUUCAGGAUCCGAAGAACAGGCCUAGCAGAGUCGACUUUUGGCGAAAUCUUGGACGAGUUACAACGAGCGACAGCUCAUUCAUCGCCCGCGCUCCCCGGUAUGGCGCAAAUUCUAGACAGCGGCCUUCAGGGGACACCAGGAGCCACCCACCGACACCGGGGGAGGCCAAGCUACGUCCACACAGCUGCGCUGGAUCUUGCUGCGGCAGGACUCAUAAAUAUAGAAGCACAUCGGGCCGAACGUUCUACCAAGUUGCGGUUGACCAUUGCCGAUGACGAGGUCAAAAUGGCACUUCGGGACGAUGGAGAUCUGAGAGCCAUGGGACUCGGUGUAUAG